GAGCCAGAUCCAAAAGGGAAGGUGCUGGUCGCAAGGUGGGAGACAGUGUCGCUGAUCAUGGAAAAUGGGGAGGUGGUCAAGAAAGAUGGGAAGCCGGUCACGGACGUCAAAGGGCCGAUCUUUGAGCUAAAGGGAAAAGAUGGGCGAAAGCUGCAUCUCAAGAUGCCGAAGCCAGAGGAUCCUUGGCCACGGAAGGAUGGUCCCAUGAAGCAGGCAACUCAGAGAAUUCACCACUUGGAGAACUUGUUGCUUUACCACAACGAGAAGGUCAGGAACCCAGAAGGCAUGGGCGAGAUCAUCCCUGACUGGAAGGUCAUCUAUCCUGAGCUGAAUGCGGAUCAAUAUGGAAAGGCUUUGGGAAGCGCCUUCCUCACUGGCAUGAUGUACCUAGACAACGAAGACAGCGAGUCUGUGGAGAUUGUCGGCAGCUGUGAUCACGAAGCCUAUGAGCGGUCCACAGUCAAAGACUGCUGCCGGAUGGUCAUCAGGCGAGAGAGCGGCAUACUGGAGCAGUUCCCCCUAGCUGCUGCUUGGCAACAGCAGGCGUUGCUCCUAGCUUUCGAGCUGCGCCUACGUUGCUUGAUGCAGGCCGAUGACAACAUCGAGGCGCAUAGGGCAGUAUGUGAGGAUUUGCUUGAGGCGUACUGCUACGCAUGCGAAAAUCCAGAUCUUCAAAUGCUUUGA